CGCAGGGAGGAAGAAGGCCUACUCCGAAGCGUAUCUGGAGUUACAUCCUGACACACCUGACCCCAUUGCGGCGCCUCUGGACGACAUGGCGGUGGUGAGGAUGGGGCCCAAGGAGCACGGUCGGGAGGCGGUUCUCGAUGCUGUGAUCACUCCUAGUAUCUCCUACACACAGCUUCGUCGGAUCGACCCGAGCCUGAGCCAGCGCACGAGCCAGCCAGUGACUAGUACACAGUCCCUCUUUCAGGAGCAACAAUCUGCCUACAUGGAGUACACACGCCAGGAGACCAUGGCGUGGCAUCAGAGGCUUUAUGAACACCAAGUGCAGAGGGAUAGCCAGAUGCAGCAGGCUUUUCAGGAUAUGGCGGCCGGCAGGUGUCCUCAGUUCCCUCCAGCACAAUGCCCUCCAGCACAACCAGUGCUGAUGAGCUUUGAGGAGUUUGUGGCACAGAACGCUGGCCCCUCGCCGGUUAGUUCAUCCCCAAUCUAUUCACCCAAAGCAUCUGUUGGGGAACGGUAG